AUGGCCGUCGCCGGUCCAUCAUCAUCCAAGGCCACGCCACGUCGCGUCCCCAUCUCGAUCCUCCCGCCCUCUUCUCCAGGCAGCGACCCCAUCUCCCUCGUCUGGUCCCCAAACGACGUCCUCUACCUGCGCUCGCAGCACCGGAUCAUGGGCAUCCUCACGGGCUCCCUGCCCCUCCUCCCGCAACAGAAUGCCUACCUUGGCGUGCCGCUACAAUUGAUGCCAGAGGAGGUGCAAUUAUUGCUGAGCAGAGAUGCUGUGGUGCUGGUAGACGACGAGGAGGCGCAUGCAAUGGGGCCUAGCAGGGAAGAGUGGCAGAGGUGGAGCGGCGAGAGGGAGAAAGAGCGCAGGGAGGAGAGAAGGCAAAGCGCCAUUCAGGCACGAGAGCAUCGCAUUGCAUUCGAAGAGGCAUUGAAGAAGGGCAAGGGGGCAAAGGCAGCAAAGCAGGAUGCAGCAGAAGCUGGAGGGAGCACACCCGCAGUAGCAGAGCCAACCGAAGAGGAGUUGCGUCUUAUCGCCUACAGUCACAUCACGGCAGGUGCCUCUGACGAUCUCCCCUGGUACUCUGGGCCAAACAAGGCAGCACACGAUCGGCUCGUCUCCCUCUACUUCUCUCCCUCCUCCCACACAACUCGCUCCCUCGUCUUCUCCUCCCUCAACUCCCCGCCGUACAACUAUUUCCUCUCUUGCGGGCUGCGCUUCGGCGGAGACUUUGUUGCCUACCCGGGCGAUCCCUUUAGAUACCACUCGCACUAUACGCUUACGGUGCCAAAGGACAGGAACGAGGGGAUCGCGGCGGGGAAGCUGAUUGCGGAUGGAAGGCUGGGAACAGCCGUCAAGAAGGUACACGUGCUCGCGACCAAGGAUGAGCGUGGAGAGGGGAUCGAUGAAGGAGAGGGAAAGCCGAUCUUCUUCAGCUUGACAUGGGCUGGAUUCGGUACUUAG